GAAGUGAAAUGACUGCAUUUGUCUUUUGCUUCCUUGCUGGCAAUGGUCUAAGUAAAGUCUCAGGAGACUUCCUCAUAUGAAUAAAAACAGUACACACAGGUUCUGUCUCUCAACGUGACCGAGGUGGCUCUCUCAUUCACACAGCAACAGGCUCUCUACCAGACAAGCAGGCUGAUGCUCCUUCUAACCACCACAACAAACCAGAGAAUGCCUCACCUCAACCCUUGCCUCUUCUGCACCUGUCAGAUCUUCCAAAACUGACACUGUUGCUGUGGAAACCAUGAUGAAAUGAUAGAAAAGGGAGGCGAGGAGGAUUCCCCAACAGACAGAGCCCUGCCAGGAGCCUGGAAGGAGCACACCUAGACUACUUAGAGACAUUGACAGAACUGAGGGAGGAAGCCUAACUGAGCUAAGGACCAGCAGCAUGGACCAGCAGCAUGGAAAAGUGGAGCGCUUCCUCAAGCUGGGCUAUUCCCACAGUGACAUUGUGCGCGUGUUGGAGAGCCUGCGCCAUGACGCCCAGACCAACGACAUACUGGAGGAGCUGAUCAAGACCUGCCAGACCCCCACUACCACCACCACCACCCCAUCCAUACCAGCCAGCCGCUCAGCCUACUCCAGCCCACAGCUGAUCCCCCGAGGCUGCAGCUCUCCCCAGCCCAGCCAGCCCCUGCGGCCCAGCUCAGCUACAGACAGGGAUCCCACUGGGGGAUUCAGACCAGUGGUCAUUGAUGGGAGCAAUGUGGCCAUGAGCCAUGGCAACAAGCAAGUGUUUUCAUGCCGGGGGCUGCUGCUGGCAGUCAGGUGGUUUCUGGAGAGGGGUCUUCGUGACAUCACUGUGUUCGUGCCCCUGUGGAGGAAGGAGCAGCCCAGUCCCGAGGCCCCCAUGACAGAUCAGCACAUCCUCCAUGAGCUGGAGAAGAGGACGAUCCUGGUGUACACCCCGUCACGCUGCGUCAACGGGAAGAGAGUGGUGUGUUACGACGACCGCUACAUCGUCAAACUGGCCUACGAGUCCGAUGGCAUCGUUGUGUCCAAUGACAACUACAGAGACCUGCAGAUAGAGAAGCCAGAGUGGAAGACGUUCAUAGAGGAAAGGCUGUUGAUGUACAGCUUUGCCAAUGACAAGUUCAUGCCUCCAGAUGAUCCUCUGGGAAGGAACGGCCCAACGAUUGACAACUUUCUGAUGAAAAAGCAGUGGACCCCAGAAAACAAGCAGCAGCAUUGCCCGUAUGGAAAGAAGUGUACUUACGGAGUGAAGUGCAAGUUCUACCACCCAGAGCGCUCCAACCAAUCACAGCUGUCUGUGGCAGAUGAGCUGAGAGCCAAGAGCAAACCUACUGCUCAAACAGACAGGGAGCGGUCAUUUCUCCCCUCAGGCCCCAGCCCUGCUCUGAUCCAGGAAGUCAGCCAGGAGGCCCACGUUUACACGUCCCCUUAUGAGCUGGAUCUAACUACUACUCAUCAAUACAGAUAUCUAUCCACACCGCCUCCCCUUAUAAAAGAAGAGCAUUCCCAUUCCCACAGGGCUUCGCUUAGCGAUCAGUUCACCAGGCAGAGAAAAACAGGCAGCCCAGCUCUACACCACAGAUCCAGCCUCCGCCUCUGCCCCAGCCCAGACACUGACGAGGCCUUCAGCUCCCUGGAAGCCUCCCUGUCCAGAGUCUAUGUCCAGGACCAGACCAACAACACUAAGGGGCCAGUGGUGUCCUACACCUACAGCAGUGGGGUGGCCAACUGCAGCCAGCGUAGUGGGGACUUCUACCCUUCCAGCACUUCCAGCAGCCACAGCCACGCCAGCAACCAACAGAGGCUCAGCCUGGGUGGACCCUCCUCGGCCUGGGAUGCCCCCCAAAAACUGCCACAGUGUGCCUGUGACAACUCACAAAGCUUUGAGUGCAGCCCGUGCAUGUACAGACACCAACAUCUCCAGCCACAGCUAGGAGAGUGCUCCUAUGCUGUUCACAGUAACCAUAUCCAUUUCACAGAGCAGCAGUACCUCCAGAGUCCUCCCCCACAAAGGCAGAGUCACAGCCUCCCAGAACACAGCCCGGGACAGGGCCUCUCUGGCGAGAGGGCGGGGAUGACCAGGUCCAAUGGAGGUAAAGCUCCAGAGAGUGAACAGAGGAGGAGUGUGAAGAACCAGCUCAGCACCCUCUUCCCCCACAGCAUGGUAGACUAUGUGAUGAGUGUGUACCCACACACCCUCAAUAUGUCAGAGCUGGUGCCUCUGAUUCAGAGGUUCCGAAUCAGCCACAUUCCUUUCUAACAUGCAAGACCUGUGAUCAUUUCUCUGUAAGCAUUAAACACAGUAGUCCUCAGCAGACUAGAGGAGGAAAGCUUGAAAUGUAGCAAUCUGAGCUGAAUGUGUUAUGUAUGUCAAGUGCAAUGCACUACUGUCUCCUGAAUGAUGCUAGUUCAUUUUGAAUCUAGCACUGACUUAAAUAUAUUCAAAGCAGCAUGUGUUGUUUUAUCAUGUAGCCUCAAACUGAGGGAAGCUAUAAGACAAAAUGGAUGUUGACCUGUAUGGUAUGCAGAAUAAUACUGCCCUUGUCAUGUUUCUUAUCCAUAUUAAACAUAAGUCAUUGGCAA